CUGAGCAUCGGUGCCGUCUGCCUGCCUGCCUGUCUGUCAUGCGAGUCCAAAGCACAGAGAGGAGUAGCGCAGCCUGGUGAAAGAGCAGCCCUCCCUCACUCCCCGGUUCCUUUCUCCUCAUUGAUCUCCUUCUUUUGGUUGCGCUUGAAUUCUUGCUGAAUGAGUCUCCCGCGGAGGCUCGGCCGUCUCUUUGCGCUCACUUGUGACAUCUUCGCCGGGAAGACGAUGCCUCUGAGGACGGGACUUUUCCUUCUGAUGCUGCUCAACGCAUCUGCAUACGAGCUGGAUCACAACGAGUCCUAUUCGUCCAGGAGAGCACGCUUCUCGGCCAACAGCCCUUCAGAUGUGGCACGCUGUCUCAACGGUGCCCUCCAAGUUGGCUGCGGGGCCUUCGCCUGCCUGGAAAACUCAACGUGCGACACAGAUGGCAUGCAUGACAUCUGCAAGUCCUUCCUGUACAGUGCUGCUAAAUUUGACACUCAGGGUAAAGCAUUCGUGAAAGACAGCCUUAAGUGCAUUGCCAAUGGCAUCACCUCCAAGGUGUUCCUGACCAUCCGUCGCUGCUCCACAUUCCAAAGAAUGAUAUCGGAAGUCCAGGAGGAGUGCUACAGCAAGCUGGAUAUCUGCACGGUCGCCCGGAGCAACCCGGACGCUAUCGGCGAGGUGGCUCAGCUGCCGAGCCACUUCCCCAAUAGGUUCUACGGGAGGCUGCUGCAGAGCCUGAUGGACUGUGACGAGGAUACGGUAGAGCGCGUCAGAGCCAGCAUGGUGUCUCGGUUGGGCCCGGAGAUGACCAUCCUCGUACAGCUAUUGCAGAACAAGCCGUGCGCGUCCACGGCCGGCUCGGUCGCCGCCGCCGCCACUCCGACCGGAGCGGAGGCCCGCGGGAGCUGGCGCUGGUCUGUGGGCCCUCAUAUGUACAAGAUCCAGCCUAGUCUGCGAAACAGAGACCUUGCCAGUCAUUUUGGCAAAAAGCGCUCAGCCAGUGACAGCUCCUAACUUCGUUGCACUCCAAGUUGAAAUGGCUCCUCUAUUCCCUCGGGGUGAACUCAUUCAUUCCUCCGCUCGACUGGAAGUUAUACAAAUAUGCACCUCCAGGGAAUGCUGGACCGCCACGAGAGUUGAUUUGAUUGUCGCUAUAUUGUGUAUCCUACGUCUAAGGCUUGAGGGACACCCCACCCCCACAUUCAUCACUCCAGCAGCCUUGCUCACUCUUCAUCUCGCUCGGAUGAGAUGAAUCCUUAAAAGGUCUUAUGCCAAGCACAAAAGGGAAGAAAAAAAAA